AUGACAGCAGACAUAGAAGUAUCCAGAACAUUGUACCACUGCUUGUGUGAAAGCAUAGGCACAGAGGAGGUGGUCAAGUUAAGGCGACAGUACUACGCUUCAUUAGAUUGCUUUAUGGAAAGAAAUGAUGUUGUAUUUAUAAGUAGUGGAAGUAAGGCAGAAGGUUUAGAAAUGGGUAGUGAUUUUGAUGCAAUGCUUCUACUUCCUUCUGUAAUUGUAAAUGAAGAGCCAACUGACGACCUGACGAUUCCAAACAGGUUUUGUAUGAACACAGAAGACUGUAAUCCAGGCUUUACACAACUGAAAGGACAGAGUCAUCAAAACUCUCCCAUUAUUAAAAUAUUGUGCGUUAUGCAUGAAGGAAAGUAUUGUAUCGAGAGUGGUGAUGUAAGAUUUUGGUUUUUGUUAGUUGCAAAACAAUUUACACAUGCUGAAUUACAUGGUCCUAGUGUUUCAGACAAUCGUACUUUAGACGUUCUUCCUACUUUUAGAUGCCCGGAAUGGAUACAACAAGCCCAGCCGUGGAUACGGAGGGCUCGCUUCUGGCCUCCGGCAAGUUUGGUGUCACAUGUAUCUAGUUAUGGAAUUCUAUUGGUACCAGUCGGUUGUAAAGAGUCACCAAAUGAACAUUUAGAAUGGAGAAUUUCAUUUUCUGUAGCAGAGAAACAUCUAAUAUAUUCCUUUUCACACACGCAACUUUUAUGCUAUGCUCUGAUGAAACUUGUAUUAAAGGAAAUGAUUAACACGAAAAUAGGUAUAAACGAGCUGUUAUGUUCAUAUUUUUUGAAAAACAUAAUGUUUUGGGUUUCUGAGGAAUGUGUCCCUUCAAUUUGGCGGCCAGAAAAUUUGUGGCCCUGUUUUAUUAAAUGUAUAAAACGCCUAAUAUAUUGUAUCCAGUACGAAUUUCUCCCUCAUUAUUUCAUAAUUGAGAACAACAUGUUUGCACAUAGAUUCAACAAAGAUCAACAACUGGAGCUGAUAAAUUGUCUUAAUGAUUUGUGUUUGAAGGGAUUGAUAUGUUUCACAAAUUGCAAGACGCUGUCAAAUUUUUUCGGGAAAACUUUUGUUUCAAAAUUUUCGAAUAGUGAAAUACUUUUAUGCAGAAUGAAUACAUUGAAUACACUAAAUUCGAGGGCUAUUCUUCGGUUUGCAGGAAUGAUAAGUCUUUUACAAAGUCUCGAAGGUCUACAUUCGAAUGAAACAAAAGACAGAGGACGACUUAUACUUCAGCGAUUCUUAAAAAUUAAGUCUGACAGCUUUGAAAUAUUCACAGUUUUUACUAGAUUUUGUCAACAUGUUGGGAAAACUAUGGAUAUCGCAGAAUACAAAACAAACAAAAGAAUUUAUAGAUUACAGAAACAAUAUUUACCGUAUUUUAUCCUUGGAACAAAUGCAGAUUCUGUUUGUGGUUGGCUGUAUUUAGCUACAUACUUUUACUAUUUCUGUCAGUAUGAAGCAGCACUUUGCCUUAUAUCCCAUGCGUCAGUAAAUUGUUCACCCAAUAAACUAUUUCAGGGUAAGAACCUAUUUAACAGCAUAAAUAUGCAUGAGGUUGAGAAGGCAGAAAUAGAACACCACUUGUUCAAAGACAGAUAUCUGUACAGACGUAAUGCUAUUGAUGAGAUAUCAUUUUAUUUGGGAUCUAAAGUUUUCCCUUUAGAACUUGGGGUACAGGCUACAUUUCAGGCCUACAUUACUCCACCUGUUUAUGCACAGUUUCUACGUUUCUUGUGUCUAUAUCAUUUAAAACAAGAUUCAGAGAGUAAAACAGCAGUACAUGAGAUGAUAAAAGCCAGUAAAGAUGAACAUUUUAACCCUGAUAAUUAUUCCCUUGCUGAAAAUUUUAACUGUAUAGGAACAGCCUUUAAACUGGUUGGCGAAAUCCAACAAAAAAAAUCUUAUUUUAGCAAGUCUGAAAAAUUAAAGGAGAAAUACAAGUCCUUUUAUUUUGAUCCGAACCUUAUACCAAGUUUAUACCGAUUAUGGACAUUUUUAUUGAAAAACGAUGAUCAGUUUGUUUAA